AUGGGAGAGGCUGAGAAGGGUCUCUUCUCGGUAAUAGAGAAGCUGAAGGCCUCCACCGAGCAGGAGGUGAGGAUCGUUCUCCUGGGCCUCGACAACGCGGGAAAGACCACGCUGCUGAAGAAGCUGGCCAGUGAAGACCUCAGCACGAUCACACCUACGCAGGGAUUCAACAUUAAGUGCGUGGCCUCAAACGGCAUGAAGCUGAACGUGUGGGACAUCGGGGGACAGAGGCAGAUCCGGUCCUUCUGGAGGAAGUAUUUAGAGAACACGGACCUGCUGAUCUACGUCAUAGACAGUGCCGACAAAAAGCGGUUUGAAGAGACAGGGCAGGAGCUCUCUGAGCUGGUCAUGGAAGAGACCCUGAAGGGCGUGCCCAUUCUAGUCUUCGCCAACAAGCAGGACUUGGCCACGGCGUCCCCUGCCAGCGAGAUCGCCGAGGGACUCAACCUGCACACCUACCGGGACCGGGAGUGGCAGAUCCAGGCCUGCUGUGCGCUUUCAGGAGAGGGUGUGCAGGAUGGCAUGACUUGGAUCUGUAACAGCUUCUGUAAUCUGAAAAAAUGAAGUUGGUCAAACUUGACUUCGAAAAGAGAAUAUGCCGCAGACCUUUUUCUUCUUCUGGUUUAUACUCCUCCUGGUUCUGUUCUCGGACCAAUACAUUUCUUCGUCCUUGGAUCUGUUCCAUUACUGUACAGUACUCAUGAAUUAACUAAUCGCCAUGGCAAUGAAUAUAAUUCUGAUGAAUCCAUGAAUGUCACUUCAGACUAACAUGGCAAGUUGGGCACCAUGAAUUGAGGGAGGAUGUUUGUUGUUUUUUUCAAAGACGAUAUGGGAGAAAGAUCCAGAGGAACUGUAAUAACAACAGCAUUGAUUAAUUACUUGAAUAAGUGCAUAUUGUUCUACAUGUAAAAC